GGGAGGCUCUGGCCAGUCCCAGCAGCCGGGGACAGAUGCCGAUCGAGAUUGUGUGCAAAAUCAAAUUUGCAGAGGAGGAUGCGAAACCCAAGGAGAAGGAGGCAGGGGAUGAGCAAAGCCUCCUGGGGGCUGCACGGGGGGCAGCAGCCCCCCGGGACCUGGCCACCUUUGCGAGCACCAGCACUCUGCACGGGCUGGGCCGGGCCUGUGGCCCAGGCCCCCAUGGACUGCGCAGAACCCUGUGGGCACUGGCCCUACUCACCUCGCUGGCUGCCUUCCUGUACCAGGCGGCUGGCCUGGCCCGGGGCUACCUGACCCGGCCUCACCUGGUGGCAAUGGACCCUGCUGCCCCAGCCCCGGUGGCUGGCUUCCCGGCCGUCACCCUCUGCAACAUCAACCGCUUCCGGCACUCGGCGCUCAGCGACGCCGACAUCUUCCACCUGGCCAAUCUGACGGGGCUGCCCCCCAAAGACCGGGACGGGCACCGAGCCGCCGGCCUGCGCUACCCGGAGCCCGACAUGGUAGACAUCCUCAACCGCACUGGCCACCAGCUUGCCGACAUGCUCAAGAGCUGCAACUUCAGCGGGCACCACUGUUCCGCCAGCAACUUCUCUGUGGUGUAUACUCGCUAUGGGAAGUGUUAUACCUUUAACGCGGAUCCACAGAGUUCACUGCCCAGUCGGGCUGGGGGCAUGGGCAGUGGCCUGGAGAUCAUGUUGGACAUCCAGCAGGAGGAAUACCUGCCCAUCUGGAGAGAGACAAAUGAGACAUCGUUUGAGGCCGGCAUCCGAGUGCAGAUCCAUAGCCAAGAGGAGCCACCCUACAUCCACCAGUUGGGCUUUGGCGUGUCCCCAGGCUUCCAAACCUUCGUGUCCUGCCAGGAACAGCGGCUGACCUAUCUGCCCCAGCCCUGGGGCAACUGCCGGGCAGAGAGCGGGCUCAGGGAGCCUGAGCUUCAGGGCUACUCAGCCUACAGCGUGUCUGCCUGCCGGCUGCGCUGUGAAAAGGAGGCCGUGCUUCAGCGCUGCCACUGCCGGAUGGUGCACAUGCCAGGCAAUGAGACCAUCUGCCCGCCAAAUAUCUACAUCGAGUGUGCCGACCACACACUGGACUCCUUGGGUGGGGGCACCGAGGGCCCGUGUUUCUGCCCUACUCCCUGCAACCUGACCCGCUACGGGAAAGAAAUCUCCAUGGUCAGGAUCCCCAACAGGGGCUCAGCCCGGUACCUGGCAAGGAAGUACAACCGCAACGAAACCUACAUACGGGAGAACUUCUUGGUCCUUGAUGUCUUUUUUGAAGCCCUGACCUCCGAGGCCAUGGAGCAGCGAGCGGCCUACGGCCUGUCAGCCCUACUGGGAGACCUCGGGGGACAGAUGGGCCUAUUCAUCGGGGCCAGCAUCCUCACCCUGCUGGAGAUCCUGGACUACAUCUAUGAGGUGUCCUGGGACCGACUGAAGCGGGUGUGGCGUCGUCCCAAGACCCCCCUGCGGACCUCCACUGGGGGCAUCUCCACCCUGGGGCUGCAGGAGCUGAAGGAGCAGAGUCCAUGCCCAAGCCGGGGCUGUGCUGAGGGUGGGGGAGCCAGCGGCCUGCUCCCCAACCACCACCACCCUCCUGGUCCCCGAGGAGGCCUCUUUGAAGACUUUGCUUGCUAGGAUGGUGCUGUGUCUAAAAAGACCCAGGAGUCUGGGACCCCUCCCAGGAUCCCCAACAGUCUCCUCCUGAUCCUGGGACACAAGGCCAGGGGGUGACCCAAGGGGAGGGGGAGAGGGCGGUGCUCACUGGGAGGGUGGGGACUCAGUUCACCAGCUCUGGUGCCAGCUGCUUUGCACAAGGGUCCUUCUUGUCCACACCUCCCACCCCCAGGCUGGUGCCCAGGGAGGGCU